AACCGUAAGUGGGGGACUUAACAGUUUUGUGCCAAUGCCCUGCGUCUUCUGGAAUACAUGAGACGCUUUCUCACCUUCUCUCCACUGCUCGCUUGAAUACUGCUCUUGAAAAUGCUGUUACGAAGUUCAAACAUGGAUUGGUGUUUCGCAGGCGUGCUAUUAUUAUGUUCCAUAGCUCUGAGUCAGAGUCAAGUCACAUCAUGGAAUAUCAGAAGUAAUCAAGUACCUCAUCCACAAGCGUACUACCUAUCAGGUGGUGCCAGUAGCGUGCCAGUUCUUCCACCCUACGUGGGAAGCCAAAGAGAUGAAGAUAUACAGACAGUUUACGGACCUCAGUUGAAGAGAGAAUGCCGUAUGAAGUACGAAAUUUUAGAUCCUCGAAAUAUUGAUGGAACUAGGCAAGAAAUCACAAAAUGCAGUGAUCAAUAUGUUCACUGCUAUUACGCCGAGUACAGCAAAUAUCGGACGAUAGAUGGCACUUGCAAUAAUUUGAAAAACCCAUCCUGGGGUAAAUCUGACAAUUGUCUCAGAAGAGUGUUGCCUUUCGAUUAUGCUGACAAAAUCUCCUUCCCAAGAGAAUCCUGCACAGGCAAUCCUCUUCCCAAUCCCCGUCUUGUAUCGAACGUGUUCCACAAGGAAAUCAGACCCAAGCCCGAUCACCUGACCACCCACUUCAUGGAGUGGGGACAGAUGUUGGCCCAUGACUUGUCUCUCAACGACAUCUUCCGAGAUUACUCAUAUGGAACACAUGAAGCCAUUCAGUGUUGUAAUCCAGGACCCCACUACAGUGACAAGUGCAUGUCCAUACCGGUGCCUCCUAAAGAUCCUUUCUAUCCUAAGUUUGGACAAACUUGCAUCAAUUUCGUCAGAACUGUUCCCUGCAAGCACUGCAGUUCAGGACAACGAGUUCACUGGAACCAAAAUACUGCCUAUCAUGAUUUAUCCUUGGUUUAUGGCAGUACUGAAGACGAGGCUCAAAAGCUCAGGAGCGGUAUUAAAGGAAUGUUGGAUAUCGAGUAUAACCCCAAAUCAGGACCAAUGCCUCCAACGGUUCCAGUUGAAGAACUUUGCAUUUCACCAGACCGAGAAAAAAGUUGUUAUAAAACUGGUGAUCAAAGAGCCAAUCAGAAUCCAUUCCUUCUCACAGUUCACACUUAUUUGCUCAGACAUCACAAUUUCAUCUGCCAAGAGCUCAGUGAAGUCAAUCCUCACUGGGAUGAUGAAAAACUGUACCAAGAAGCCAGACGUCUGAACAUUGCCAUUGCUCAAUACAUUACUUACGGCCAUUACCUGCCUAAUGUUCUUGGCGAGAUUAUGAAAAAAGAAGGCAUCCAGAUAUUGCCUGGCGCUCAAUACACCAAAUAUGAUCCUGAACUAGAUGCCAGCAUUGCUGAUGAGUACACCACCUUCGCAGCUCGCUACGGACAUACCCUCAUUCCCGGACGCAUCACAGAGAUCGACCCCAAAACAGAAGAAAAGGACGAUAUCUGGUUGAGAGACUACUACUACACCCCGUUCGGGUUUAGGUAUGGGCAGUUUGACAAAAUCGCAAAAGGCAUGACAGUCAAUAGGAAGAUGAAGCACGAUGUAUUUCUCAGUGACGAUGUAAGGAAUUACUUGUACAGGAGAUUGUACCUCAAUCAGUCGACUGGUUUAGAUUUGGCCGCUGCCAGCAUUGUGAGAGGCAGAGAUCAUGGAAUCCCAGCUUACACGUAUUACCUGAACUACCUGUUUAACAUCACAAUUUACUCAUUCAAUGAUUUGAGGAAACUUUUGCCACCGAAAUCUGUUGAUCUAUUGGAAGAACUUUACGAAUCACCUCAUGACAUUGACACCUAUUCGGCUGGUUUGGCUGAAUAUUAUGUACCUGGAGGCUUCGUCGGACCCACUUUUGGCGCAAUUCUAGGACAACAAUACAAGAGGAUAAAGUUCGGCGACAGAUACUGGUUUGAACAUGGAAAUCAAGCAGGAUCUUUUACGCCAGAGCAACUUCUUGAAAUUAAGAGAACAACAUUAGCCAGGAUAUUGUGCGAAACCACAAGGAUAAGAAAAAUUCAAAUGCAGCCUUUCAGGCCACCUUCAUCAGAAAAUCCCGUCGUUCCUUGCGAAGAAAUCCACAGAUUUGACUUCUAUUUAUGGAAGGAAUAAGAUGCCAAAACAAACAGAACAAGCUCUUCAUGUCAGAUGGCCAUUGUGAUUCCCAUGUGUGGAUGCGUCGUUCCCUUGGGAGGAACUUUAUCAGUUAUUUGUAGUGUUUUGUAGAUUUAUUUAAUAAUAAAGUUAACUUUUUUUUAUA